CUUUUGAUCAUAAGUUGUAUUAUUAUUCAUUCAUCAUCAUAUUCAAUUUUCUUUGUUGUCCUUUCUCUCUCUCUCCUAAUUCUGUGAUUUUGCAGAAGAAAAGUGUUGUAGAGAGAGAGAAGGAAAAUGGAGAAUAAUAUAAGCAUGGUGGAGGCGAAGCUGCCCCCUGGAUUUAGAUUCCAUCCGAGAGAUGAAGAAUUGGUUUGUGAUUAUUUGAUGAAGAAGAUCGGCUCUGUGUGUGAUGAUUCUUCUUCUCUUUUGAUUGAAGUUGAUCUCAAUAAGUGCGAGCCAUGGGAUAUUCCAAGAGAGGCAUGCGUGGGGGGAAAGGAGUGGUACUUCUUCAGCCAGAGGGACCGUAAGUACGCGACGGGGCUGAGAACGAACCGCGCCACCGCCUCAGGUUACUGGAAGGCCACUGGCAAGGACAGGCCCGUCUUCCACAGGGCCAACCAGCUCGUUGGCAUGAGAAAAACCCUUGUUUUCUACCAAGGCAGGGCCCCUAAAGGCCGCAAAACCGAGUGGGUCAUGCAUGAAUUUCGCCUCGAGGGUCCCCUUUCUCCUCUCAAAGAUUCCUCUCCAAAGGAGGACUGGGUUCUGUGCAGAUUGUUCUGUAAACACAAGGAAGUUGCCACCCAACCGAGCUCUGGUAGCAGCAGCUGCUACAACGACAUGACCACCGCCUCAUCGUCUCUCCCUGCUCUAAUGGAUUCGUACAUCAGUUUCGACCAAAACCCGAGCAGCCAUUUAAAUGAGUAUGAGCAAGUGCCCUGCUUCUCCAUUUUAGCUCAAAACCAGACAAUCCCAUCUCUAUCAAACCUCAUACAAAUGGAGCCAAACCUAACCAACACCAAGAACUUCACCACCAUGUUUGGAGGAUUCCCAAAUUCAAGCACUUGUUCAUCAAAUUUAGACCCUUUUGGCUGUGAUUCAAAGGUUGUGAAAGUUGUUCUAAAUAACAUCACUAAAAUGGAAGCAAAUGCCAACUCCUUCAGAGGGCAACCCAGCAUGGGAGAGGGCAGCUCUGACAGCUACUUAUCUGAGGUUGGAGAUGACAUUGCCAGCUUAUGGGACAGGUGACCAGAAGAGAAAAUGGAGAAAGAAGAAACCAGAAAGAUUGUUGUAAAGAAAAUGGUGAUUCUCAGAAGGAUUAUAGUGUAAAAGGGGUUUUUUUUUCUCUUUUUUUAAUUUCCCAAGUGUAAAUUUUAUUGCAUAUGUGGGGAACUUUUUAAAGCCUAAUUCAUGGUUGAUUAAAUGCAACACUGAUUGUUUGAGUGCUCAUAGACUCGGUGUUUCUUUGUUUUGUCUUCUCUUUUUUCAAAUAGUUAUACCAAUAUUUGGUCCA